AUGCUCAGCGAGACCCGCAGGAACUUCAAGAGCAGGACCAACAUUCGAGUUCCAGGAGCGGUUCCCCUCGAAUCCAUCCAAGGAGGACCCUUUGAGGAGAAGAUCUACAUCCAGUGGAAACCUCCCAACGAAACCAAUGGCAUUAUCACCCUCUACGAGAUCAACUACAAGGCUGUAGGUUCGCUGGACCCGAGUGCCGACCUCUCCAGCCAGAGAGGGAAAGUGUUCAAGCUCCGCAAUGAAACCCACCACCUCUUUGUGGGUCUGUAUCCCGGGACCACCUACUCCUUCACCAUCAAGGCCAGCACAGCCAAGGGCUUUGGGCCCCCAGUCACCACUCGCAUUGCUACCAAGAUCUCAGCCCCGUCGAUGCCUGAGUAUGACACAGACACUCCGCUCAACGAAACAGACACGACCAUCACCGUGAUGCUGAAGCCGGCCCAGUCCCGGGGAGCCCCGGUCAGUGUUUAUCAGCUGGUUGUCAAGGAAGAGCGACUUCAGAAGUCACGGAGGGCAGCCGAUAUCGUUGAGUGCUUCUCAGUGCCGGUGAGCUACAGGAACGCCUCGAACGUGGAUUCUCUACACUACUUUGCUGCCGAAUUAAAGCCUGCCAACCUGCCCGUCACCCAACCAUUUACAGUGGGUGACAACAAGACAUACAAUGGCUACUGGAACCCUCCUCUGUCCCCCCUGAAAAGCUACAGCAUCUAUUUCCAGGCACUCAGCAAAGCAAAUGGAGAGACCAAAAUCAACUGUGUCCGUCUGGCUACCAAAGAACCAAUGGGCAGCGCCCAGGUGACCCCGGGGACUCCACUCUGCCUCCUCACCACAGGUGCCUCCACCCAGAAUUCUAACACCGUGGAGCCAGAGAAGCAGGUGGACAACACCGUGAAGAUGGCCGGUGUGAUCGCUGGUCUCCUCAUGUUUAUUAUCAUUCUCCUGGGGGUGAUGCUCACCAUCAAAAGAAGAAGAAAUGCUUAUUCCUACUCCUAUUACUUGAAGCUGGCCAAGAAGCAGAAGGAGACACAGAGCGGAGCUCAGAGAGAGAUGGGGCCAGUGGCCUCGGCCGACAAACCCACCACCAAGCUCAAUGUCAACCGCAACGAUGAAGGCUUCUCCUCUAGCUCUCAGGAUGUGAACGGAUUCAAUGGCAGCCAUGGGGAGCUGUCCCAGCCAACCCUUACCAUCCAGACUCACCCCUACCGGACGUGCGACCCUGUGGAAAUGAGCUACCCCCGGGACCAGUUCCAGCCUGCCAUCCGGGUGGCUGACCUGCUGCAGCACAUCACCCAGAUGAAGAGAGGCCAGGGUUACGGGUUCAAGGAGGAAUACGAGAAAGAUCUCCCUAAUUACAGUGGAGACUGGAUUGGAGGGAACAAAGCCAAAGCAAGACAGACCAGUGAGGAGACUCGUGGGAAAGUAUUUCUCCAGGCUUUACCGGAGGGACAGACAGCUUCAUGGGACACAGCCAAGGAGGAUGAAAACCGCAAUAAGAACCGAUACGGGAACAUCAUAUCCUAUGACCAUUCCCGAGUGAGGCUGCUGGUGCUGGACGGAGACCCGCACUCUGACUACAUCAACGCCAACUACAUUGAUGGAUACCACCGGCCACGCCACUACAUUGCCACGCAAGGCCCAAUGCAGGAGACGGUCAAGGACUUUUGGAGAAUGGUUUGGCAGGAGAACUCGGCCAGCAUCGUCAUGGUCACCAACCUCGUGGAGGUGGGCAGGCACCCAGCGGAACACUCUGUGGGAAACGCCACUGUAGGCCGAGCGCCAUCCCCCGGAAUGGUGAAGUGUGUGCGGUACUGGCCUGACGACACUGAGGUCUACGGAGACAUUAAAGUCACCCUGAUUGAAACAGAGCCCCUGGCAGAAUACAUCAUACGAACCUUCACAGUCCAGAAGAAAGGCUACCACGAGAUCCGAGAGCUCCGCCUCUUCCACUUCACCAGCUGGCCGGACCACGGGGUCCCUUGCUACGCCACCGGCCUCCUGGGCUUCGUCCGCCAGGUCAAGUUCCUCAACCCUCCCGAAGCCGGGCCCAUUGUCGUCCACUGCAGCGCUGGAGCCGGGAGGACUGGCUGCUUCAUCGCCAUUGACACCAUGCUCGACAUGGCAGAGAACGAAGGGGUGGUAGACAUCUUCAACUGUGUGCGCGAGCUGCGGGCCCAGAGGGUCAACCUGGUGCAGACCGAGGAGCAGUAUGUGUUUGUGCACGAUGCCAUCCUGGAAGCGUGUUUGUGUGGCAACACUGCCAUCCCCGUGUGUGAGUUCCGCUCACUCUACUACAAUAUCAGCAGGCUGGACCCCCAGACCAACUCCAGCCAAAUCAAAGAUGAAUUUCAGACCCUCAACAUUGUGACCCCCCGGGUCCGGCCUGAGGACUGCAGCAUUGGCCUCCUGCCCCGGAACCACGAUAAGAAUCGGAGUAUGGACGUCCUACCUCUGGACCGCUGCCUGCCCUUCCUCAUCUCGGUGGAUGGAGAAUCCAGCAACUAUAUCAAUGCAACCCUGAUGGAUAGCCACAAGCAGCCCGCGGCCUUUGUGGUCACCCAGCACCCUCUCCCUAACACGGUGGCGGACUUCUGGAGGCUGGUGUUUGAUUAUAACUGCUCGUCCGUGGUGAUGCUGAACGAGAUGGACACUGCACAGCUCUGCAUGCAGUACUGGCCUGAGAAGACCUCCGGGUGCUACGGGCCCAUCCAGGUGGAGUUUGUCUCCGCGGACAUCGACGAGGACAUCAUCCACCGUAUAUUCCGCAUCUGUAACAUGGCUCGCCCGCAGGAUGGGUACCGCAUAGUCCAGCACCUCCAGUAUAUAGGCUGGCCAGCGUACCGGGACACCCCCCCCUCCAAGCGCUCUCUGCUCAAAGUGGUCCGACGGCUGGAGAAGUGGCAGGAGCAGUAUGACGGCAGGGAGGGACGCACCGUGGUCCACUGCCUGAAUGGGGGCGGCCGCAGUGGAACGUUCUGCGCCCUCUGCAGCGUGUGCGAAAUGAUCCAGCAGCAGAGCAUCAUCGACGUGUUCCACAUCGUGAAGACGCUGCGCAACAACAAAUCCAACAUGGUGGAGGCCCUGGUGAGUGCCCCAGGGCCCGUGCGCCCCAGCCAGGGGCUGGCCGCUGGUCCCCCCAGCCAGAGGAUAAUGCCACCAGAGAGUGAGCGGGCCAGCCUGGGGGUGCUUCUUGAGCCCCUGACAAGGUCGCCUGUCCUGCGUGGUUCCUUCCAACCCCAUCAAUGUCCCGUCCCUGCAGGAAAUCCACCCUGGCUUCGUUUUCCUUUUGGGCACUGA